AUGCGCACAACCACGGCCGAUGAUGCGCUGGCCGUGGCUGUGCGCAUGUGCAGCCGGCCGUGCGGAAUAGAGCCAGGGCGGCGCCGCCAGCGGCCAAUGGAGAGAGCGGAUGGGCUGAGGCCGCAGUUUUCUGUCGUGAGGGAAAUGGCGGCGGCGGCUGGGCCUCCGGAGCUCUCUAGCGCCGUAUCUCGUUGUGUUCGCCCCCACAAUAUCGUCCCUCGCCUUCAACAGGGUCGCUACACGGGGCAUGGGCCCACCAGAGUCUCGCAGAUUCCAGAUUCCUUGCUCCGAGAGAGGGAUAAGAUUGCAAAAUGGAAUGGCAUCCCUCAUCUGGUGCAGAAAUUAUAUGAAAACAGCCAACCCAACAAUGAUGAUCUCUUGCUGUGCCAAGGAAUCUUAAAGGAGAUUGCUCCACUCCUCUCGAUGGAAGCAAUGGCAUUUGUGACGGAGGAUGGGAAAGGUGCCCAAGAAUCCAAAUUCCCCAAGAGUGACCAUAAUAUGUUAAUCGUUUAUAAUCCUUCAGGUCCAAAUGUUGUCGUCUUUAGCCCAUGGAGAGCUGUUAUUAAUAAACAGAAGAUAUUUUUAUUCUCUGUUUGUGGUAGCUCUUGGAGCCAUUGUUUCAAUAAUGUUCCAUGCUACUUUCUUUUACAGCUUUUAGUUGAAAUCCUCAUGCGCCCAACACUUGCCCCACAGAAAAAGAAGCAAAAAAUGAGUGAAGACUUGAUAAAGGAUUGCCUAAGUAUAUUAUACAACACUUGUAUCUGCACUGAUGGAGUAACGAAGCGCCUCUCAGAAAGGAAUGACUUUGUACUGUUCCUCUUCACACUCAUGACAAACAAGAAGACCUUUUUGCAAACAGCUACACUAAUAGAGGAUAUCUUGGGAGUUAAAAAGGAGAUGAUCCAAUUGGAGGAUAUUCCAAACCUUACAAAUCUGGUGGCUAGUUUUGACCAGCAGCAACUCGCAAAUUUCUGUCGGAUUCUUUCGGUGACUAUCUCUGAGCUGGACACGGGAAAUGAUGACAAACACACGCUGCUUGCCAAAAAUGCGGAGCAGAAGAAAGCGGCAGGACCUUCACGAGCAGAAAUCAACCAAGUCACCCUCUUGAAUAUUCCUGGUUUCAUCGAGCGAUUAUGUAAACUGGCAACGCGGAAGGUCUCUGAGACUGCAGGCACUUCAAACUUCUUGCAGGAACUCGAGGAAUGGUAUACCUGGCUAGACAAUGCACUAGUUCUUGAUGCUUUAAUGCACAUGGCCACUGAAGAGACUGACCAAAGCAGUAGCACAGAGUCAGCAGAUGAGAGUGUGUUGGCUGCCAGCCAGCUAAGAAGUCGGCUUCCACAGUCCAUGAAGAUCAUGCACGAGAUCAUGUAUAAAGUGGAAGUGUUGUAUGUGUUAUGUGUGCUGCUGAUGGGAAGGCAACGAAAUCAGGUGCACAAGAUGUUGGCAGAAUUUUGCCUUAUUCCUGGACUUAAUAAUCUGUUUGAUAAACUGAUUUGGAGGAAGCAUUCUAAUAAUCAUGUCCUGCAUGGGCAGAACCAAAUCUGUGACUGUAGUCCAGAGAUUUCCCUGAAAAUCCAAUUCCUAAGAUUGCUUCAGAGCUUCAGUGAUCAUCAUGAGAAUAAGUACCUCUUAUUGAACAGCCAGGAGCUGAAUGAACUUAGUCUCAUCUCACUCAGAGCCAAUAUACCAGAGGUGGAAGCAGUUGUCAACACUGACAGAAGUCUGAUCUGUGAUGGGAAGAAAGGACUUCUAACAAGGUUGUUACAGGUUAUGAAAAAGGAACCUGUUGAAUCCUCCUUCAGAUUCUGGCAGGCAAGAGCAGUUGAGAGCUUUCUGCGAGGAGUGACGUCUUAUGCUGAUCAGAUGUUUCUUUUGAAACGUGGUUUGCUGGAGCACAUUUUGUUCUGCAUUAUCGACAGUGAAUGCAAGUCGAGAGAUGUGUUGCAGAGUUACUUUGACCUCUUGGGCGAGCUGAUGAAAUUCAACAUUGAUGCCUUCAGGAGGUUUAAUAAGUAUGUAAACACAGAGGAGAAGUUUCAGAUAUUUUUGAAUCAGAUCAACAGUUCUUUAGUGGAUUCCAAUAUGUUGGUUCGCUGCAUAGUAUUGUCCUUGGAUCGAUUUGAGAGUCAAACAGAUGCCGUAAAAGUUGCAGAAGUCAUUUCCCAGUGCUGUCUACUGUCCUACAUGUCCCAUGUGGAAAACCAGCUCUCGUUCCUUUUCCGUCUAAUUAACAUUAUUCAAGUACAGACCCUCACGCAGGAAAAUGUCAGCUGCCUGAACACCAGCCUGGUGAUCCUGAUGCUAGCCAGACGCAAGGGCAAGCUACCAUUUUACCUGAAUGCCCUGCGGGGGAAAGAGCUUUCGGAGAAAUAUCCAGGGUUCCUACUCAACAAUUUCCACAACUUGCUCCGCUUUUGGCAAGAACAUUACCUCAACAAAGACAAGGACAGCACCUGUCUGGAAAAUAGCUCCUGCAUUCAUUUCAGUUACUGGAAAGAGACUGUUUCACUGCUGCUCCAUCCAGACCAGACUGCCCCGUGUGCAAUCAUUAGCUACAUUGAUAAAGCCUACAUGAGCGUUGAUAAAGACUUCAGUGAGGACUAAUGUAGGCCUUUUAGACCAACUGGACUGAUGCUUUGUCAAUCUGACGAUUCAGCACAAUACCAUGGCAUUCAGGUGUCUGUUUAUUCACAGCACACGCUGGGAGGUGCAAGAGCUGGUUGGUGAUUGGUGCAAAUGCUUUUAUUUUAACCAUGGACUGCUGCCUUUUGUCUUUGAUUACUAUCCUCUGGGCUUCUGAACCCGUCUGUUAUGCCUGUGGGAGGGUGAGAAAUGUUCUGUCACUGGAUACAAGUCAAAGCUGCCUACGAGCCAGCACUGCCUGGAUUAAAUGUAUAAAGGAAGGAGCACGUUUAACAUCGGAUUUUUCUUUAAUGUCCCAUUCUGAUUUGUUAUUUUAAACAUCUACUUCAAGUGUGUGUGAAUUGGCAAUUUCCUGGUCAUGUUAAGAUGCGUGGCCAACAGAACAGCUUUCAGUGUGAAGCUCGAGUGAGAGUUUAAAAUGGGUAUAUUCCAUUCACAGUAAUAUUUUCAUGACUUUGUUAAAACUAAGUUGCAGUUAGCAGAGUUUGAAAGAUCUGUUUCUCCUGGAGUAUUUGAAUGUGCUUGAACAGUACAUGUGCAGCUUAUUAAAUUCUCAUAGUUUAUAAUAUAUACAGUGCCCUCCAUAAUGUUUGGGACAAAGACCCAUCAUUUAUUUAUUUGCCUCUGUACUCCACAAUUUGAGAUUUGUAAUAGAAAAAAAUCACAUGUGGUUGAAGUGCACAUCGUCAGAUUUUAAUAAAGGUCAUUUUUAUACUUUUGGUUUUACCAUGUUAAUAAACAGCAAUAAAAGUUUGCAACGGUGAUGGAAAGACUGGAGGAAAGAUGAGCACUUUAACCACAUGUGAUUUUUUUUUUCUAUUACAAAUCUCAUAUUGUGGAGUGCAGAGGCAAAUAAAUAAAUGAUGGGUCUUUGUCCCAAACAUUAUGGAGGGCACUGUACAGUGUACUAAUUACACCUAGGUAUUGGCAUACAAUUUAUUGAAUGCCCUUCUAGCUUUUUUUAAAAAGCAAGUCUGGGCUGGUUUAAUUUUCUAAAAGUAAUGUACACAGAACUAUAAUUUCCAUAUCUAUUUUUUCUCUUGCCAACUUCCUUCCCAAAGGCACUGAUUCCGUAGAGUUCAGUCCCUCGGGUGCUGGACACCCUGGAGUACUUUGCCCAUGUUUGAAAUUCCAAAAUGGGUUUUAGCAGUCAAUUGAAUGAUGGGAGUGAACCUCAAAGUCCAAGCAAGAUCUGUCAUUUAACUUCCAGCAAAAAGCAUUAAAUACUGAUCGGGAUUCAUUCACUGGCCGUUUGUUCCCACCCUGGCCAUAGUAUACACUUUGGCUGUGAUCAGCUGAUGGAGCAUAUUGCAGGACUCUUCCUGGUUUCUGUGGGUCAGCUGAUCACUGGGUACACUUCCUGAGCCACAGGGUGGUCUUCUGUUGGGUGAUAAUGGAAUGAUGAUUGGUUGAAAAAGACCAUGUAAACCCAGUAGACUGGUGAGCUGUAUGUUUAAACUAAUGAUUAAUCAACACAAGGAAGUGCUGGAGUAACUUGGUGUGUCAGGCAGCAUCUCUGUGAAACAUGGAUAGGUGCCAUAUUGGGUCAGGAUCCUUCAGCCUCUGAAAUGUCACCUAUCCCUGUUCACCAGAUAUGCUGCUUGACCCACUGAGUUACUCCAGCACUUUACGUAUUUUGUCCUAAUGAUUAAUGGAGCCCAAGUUAGUGCAGUUUAUAAAACUAUGGGAAAUUACUGGGUUGAUAGUUGACCUGUAACGUUAAACAUCACAAUUCAGUGUCAUAAGGAUUUCAGUCAAGUGGGUAUGGUGUAAGUUGUUUAUUCUCUAUUCUUGCUCUUUGGAAGCAUAGAUUGCGUAUUCUGGUCUUUACAAAGGGAAGAUUCUGGCGUGUUGCAGAUCUGUCGAUCAGGAUAGAGCUGCACAAGAUCAAUAAAGACAAUCGGCAAUCUGAGGAGUUCCAAUCUCAUGUUCUAGCUUGUCUGAGUUUCCCUUUUGCAUUGAUAUUAGUGCACCCAGUGAAUCGAAUCAUAUGAUUAAAAAGUCUAAUUUCUUUCCUGGGCCUAAACUGCAAUUUUUGCCAAUGAAUAAGCCUACAUGUUGUCCCAUCAGUGAACAGUUUACUUGUACUGGUGAGCCUGGUGCCUGAUCAUGCAAUCACUGUGUAAUUGAUCUGCUUUGUUCAUUUAACUUGCAUCUUUUUAGAAUCCCAAACCAACCCUUGUAUUCGAACCUCUUGCUGAUCUGGUCUGUACACAAACUGAAAUAAAAACAGAAAUGUUGGAAAAGCUCAACAGGUCAGGCAGCAUUUGUGGAGACAGUUACUGGUCCAGAUCCAUCACCUUUCAUCAGAAAUGCCAAAGAAGGGAAACAAACUAGAGUUUGAAUGAUCCUUAUGUUUCACCAAAGCAGUGUGAAUUGUAGAUGGAAGGGAGGGCUGGCUUGUGUGAUGGACUGGGCUAUGUUCACUACUCUUAGCAAUUUCUUAUGAUCUUGGGUAGACCAAGGUGUGAUGCAUCUGGAUAGGAUCCUUUCUUUGGUGCAUUUGUAGGUUUGCCGAAUUUCCUCUGCUUUCUGAGGAAGUAGAAGCAUUGGUGUUUGCCCUUGGCCACAGCAUCAUAUGUAGGCUGUUGAUGUCCCAACUCUUGGCCUUCUCACAGAGGCUACAAUUAUAUAACUAAUAAAGAUGGUCUGUUUCACAA